AUGAGCAAAAAUGGUGGUAACAAUGUGGGAAAGAAGAGCAACAUAAAGGAAAUUAAGUUUCAUUUUCAAAAAUCGGUUCAAGUAACGAAAGUAUUCGUUCGAGAAAACCAUCAAUUAACAACGAAUGAAACCAUAUUUACAAUGAUUGAUACAGACCAUCCGGAGAGUACGAAAGAGCCGUUCUUGUCAUCAGUUUUGGGAACAGUAACAAAAGUCUAUAUACAUGAAUUUGACGUUCUUACCUAUGGUUCGAUUAUUUUGGAAUAUGAAGAAUGUCUACAUUCGAUUACAUUCAAAAAUCUCUGCUGUGAUUGUGGUGCAGAUUUGAAUCAGUUGAAAGACAAGAUGGAAAUGAUUUCAUCGCGAAAUUUAGACGCAGAGCCAUUGAUUGACGUGUCACUAGCACAACCAAAUGCAAUGAGAGCAGCAACAACAGUGUCCAUGGAACAUACUGUGCCAGAAUUACGAAUAACACCAGAGAUGGCUGAAAAAUACAGUAUUGAAGAACGUGAUCGUCUUCUUCGUGAACGUAAACUUGAAUUACUUGUUGAUUUGGAUCAGACGCUACUUCAUACAACGAAUUCAAGCAAUUAUUAUCCAUAUUCACCUGACGUUGUUGGAUAUCAAUUGAGUACCCAAUCUUCGCAAAGAUAUUACACAAAAUUGCGUCCCGGUGUGAAAGAAUUUCUGACAAAUCUUCUACCAUAUUAUCAAUUUCAUAUCGUUACUUUUGGUGAACGUGUCUACGCACAUACAAUGGCUAAUCUGAUUGAUCCAAAUAAAACCUUUUUCUAUCAUAGAAUCCUGUCUCGAAAUGAAUGCUUUGAUCCAACACGAAAAACCGAAAAUUUAAGCGCUUUAUUUCCCUGUGGUGAUUCGAUGGUUUGUAUUAUUGAUGAUCGAGAAGAUGUUUGGAAUUAUGCAAAGAAUCUUGUUCAUGUGAAACCGUAUGUUUGGUUCAAAGAUGUUGGUGAUAUCAAUGAUGGCCAUUUACCAUCACCGCCAAUUCCAAAUGAGCAGUUAAUUCCACCGAUUAGUGAGAAGGAAUUUGAAGAACAAUUAGAACAUAGUGAACAGCUUGCAGAAGAACGUAUGGAAAUGACGAGUAUUGCAUUGAUUGAACGAACUACUGAAGAAGGUCAACAACAUGCAUUGCAUCGAGGCGAGAAAAGGAAAUUCGAUAAUGAUGAUGAUACGCAUAAUGGAACAAGUAAGAACGUGGAAAAUGAUGAAUCAACUAAGAAAUUAAAAGACCAAGAUGACAAUUACCCGAAUGACCAAACGAGUUCUACAACGUCGUCAGCAACCGCUGAUCUCACUGUUGUCGUUGACACUGACAAUUAUCUCCGUCAAUUAGAAACUAUUCUCAAGAAUAUUCAUAGCAGAUUCUAUAGUGCCUAUGAUCAAUGGACACAAGAUAAGACACGUGCUAUGCCUGAUGUGAAACAAAUUCUUCCUGAUAUUCGUAGACAAGUACUCAAAGAUGUAUCCGUCUGCUUUUCACAUUUGAUGCCUCAAGGUUACCCAUUGGAAAAGCAUCGUGCUACAAUUCUCGCACGCGCACUAGGUGCAACUGUGACGCCAGAUCUACAAAUCGAUGAUAAUGGCAGAUGUAUAACCACGCAUGUGGUUGCCGGUAAACGAACGACGAAAGUUGAACGAGCAGUUAAAUAUAAUAUCCAUGUUGUGACGCCGGAAUGGCUCAUUGACUGUUAUGAACAGUGGGAAAGAAAACCGGAAGAAAAUUUCGUACUACAUUCGAAUUAUGACGUCAGAAAAUCACGGUUAUUUUCAAGAGAUACACCAAGAAUAGCAUACAAUGAGUUCAAUGCAACAAAUGAUCGACCAGUUUCCACUAAGCAAAAGUCUGAGACUACUUCCGGAGAUGAACGAGCAUCAAGUUCAACUACGAGUAAACCAUCUCGGUCAUCGUUGAAACGGCCUCGCACUCCGGAACUCCCGUCAACAUCUGAUCUGCCCAGUGAUGUGAUCGAUGAAGAAGAACAAGUGACAACGAGGGAUUAUAACUUUAGCAUGAGUGUCGAUGAAUUGUCCGAUAUGGAAAAAGAGGUGAACGAUUUCUGUGGUGACGAUGACGACGACGACGAUGAUGAUGAUAGUGACGAUGAAAAUAAUCUUCAAACUCGACCGACAAAACAGCAACGCACUACUUCGCCUUCGGCGAUUACCACAGCAGCAGCAACAACGACGACAACAUCGGCAGUUGAUGAAGACAACGACGACGAAGAUGAAUACGAUUCGGAUUCGUCCAGUAGUCAAAAGCUACGCGCUCUUAUCUUAGGUAAAAAGUCGGAUGCGGAUAUCGAUGAAGAUAAUUUCGGUGAUGAUGAUAUGCCUCGUGGUUGGAAACCGGAGAAAACAGCGAAAAAAGAACGUUCAUAG